AUAAUUGCGAUUUGCUCCUUCAUGCCUGCAUACAACAAUCGAAUAGUAACACAGUAUGCGGAACUUCGAUUCCACGAAUAACAAGACUCUGCCAUGUCACCCCGCCGCUGCAAGGCAUGAGUCGUCCGCUUUCGUCUCAAUCUCCAUCCCUGCUACUGCCCCUCCAAUCCCUUCCACGAGGAUACUCGUGAAGUAUCACUUCGAGCGGGCCAAAGGCUCCUCCACGAUGGAUACACCGACUUCUUGACAAAUGGCAGAUCACAGAAGACCUGCUGCGCUACAGGAAUGGGUCUCCCAUUCCUUCUCUUUGCUCCACAAUGGCGGAGUUUCUUCUUAAGAAACCACCCCGCCGUGUUCUCCUGCUCUGCUUGCUAACUUUCAGUACUACUAAUAUCCUCAUCUCAGUCUCCCUGAGUCUGCAAGUCUGUCAAUCUACAGCCACAUAGCCACCAAAAUUCAGCCAUGGACGGCGCCUUGAUCGACGGAGAUUUCAAACACCACAACACCACUGCCCCGCCAUCAGAUCGAGUUCUCCCACUCUUCUCUCUCAAAGGGCGCACCGCAAUCGUCACAGGUGCUGGAGCAGGAAUUGGACUGGGUGUAGCACAAGCCCUUGCUGAAGCGGGUGCCAACGUUGCUAUCUGGUACAACAGUAGCAAGAAAGCCGUGGCAGAGGCAGAAUCCAUCGAGAAGACCUAUGGCGUGAAGUGCAAAGCAUACCAGGUCAACGUGACCUCGAUCGAAUCGGUGACCACUGCAAUCGAAGCGAACAUCCGCGAGUUCAACGGCCGCCUUGAUGUCUUCAUUGCAAAUUCAGGCAUACCAUGGACUCAAGGGGCAGCCAUUCUUGGCGAGAUGGACCAUUAUCACAAAGUUGUGACCACCGACUUGGAUGGGACAUUCUACUGUGCCAGGGUUGCAGGAACACAUUGGAGAAGACAGAAAAAGGAGCAGACAACUAUUCAUGGAAAGCCACUCGACCCACCAUUUAGAGAGGGAAGUUUUGUUGCAACUGCAAGCAUGAGUGGGCAUAUUGUGAAUAUCCCUCAAUUGCAGGCAACAUACAACGCUGCCAAGGCUGGAGUGAUUCACCUCUGCAGAUCUCUUGCAGUCGAAUGGGUUGGAUUUGCACGUUGCAAUACCAUAUCUCCAGGUUACAUUUCAACAGAGAUCUCGAACUUCGUUCCUGCAGAGACCAAGAAGAUAUGGAAGGACAAAAUUCCAAUGGGGAGAGAAGGCGAGGUCGGCGAAUUGAAAGGUGCAUUCUUGUAUUUAGCAAGUGAUGCUGCAAGCUAUACAACAGGAACCGAUAUCAAAGUUGAUGGAGGUUACUGUUUGCCAUAGGAGAUCAGAUAGAUGAAAAGAAU